AUGCUUAAGUUACUUCAGUUCGCGUUGUUCCUAGAAGUGUUCGCGCGUGUUGGCGCUUCUCCUGUGGACGCGACAUUUGACGCGGCGCAUCCGACGAUCACACAGCGCGCUGAGUUGUUUGUUCGCGAGGCACCCUUGAGUUUAGUUGGUUAUUAUACAAUCACAGAUGCGGACGGCAAUGUAUGGAUCACUUCCUCUGAAAAGCCAGGCUCCGUCGCAACCUUCCGUGGUAGCACAUUGGUAGAUUGGUGCAAUGAAGGCUCGGAAUACCUUUCCGCGACUUGUCCUUCUGCAUAUUGGACAUCAUGCGAUGGAUCUACACUGAUGUCGGAGGGUGGAAGUUCACCUUGCACUGGAACAUCAACAUGCGACUACGAUAUCAUAUACACCGGAAGCGAAAUCGACACAACAAGUUCGCUGCGGUGGUACCACUGCAUAGAUCGCACGUAUCUCCAGUUUUAUCGAGAUGUGCCACCGGGCACUUUGAUUGAAGAUGUCACUAGCACUGACGCUACCUCGACCGAAAGCUCCUCUGAGAGUUCCUCGGACUCCUCUACUACCGAGACAACCGCAAGUCCGGCAUCGCCAGGAACAAGUCUUGCCUCGCAGACUUCAGACUCCACGAGCUCACCCACACCCACAUCUUCAACAGAACCUGUGAAAGAGAAAGAACCAAGCAAAGCCUGGAUCGCAGGCGUGGUCAUUGGAAUAGUCGGCCUUCUCGCCGUGGCAGGAAUGGGAUUCUAUCUUUGGCGUCGACGCAACUCGCAAGGAUAUGGUCCUGCGCCACAAGGUCCACCGACAGGCCAACCGCAAGCACACAUGCAGUCCGGGUACCCACCCCAGCAGGCAGCAUACUAUCCACCGCAACAAGCAUAUGGAAAUGGACCGAGUCCAUAUCUUCAGCCUGUGUCUCCGAAUAUGGGCGCCUAUGAUGCGCAGACGGCCAAGCCGCAGGAUAAUACAAUGUACGGAGGGUACGCAGCACAGCAGUAUGGUGGUCCACCACCAGGCGUCGGGACGGUGCAGAUGCCACAGCCGAACCCGCAGGUACAACCCCAGAUGGCGGCAAAUGUGCAUGAACUGCCGGAAUUAGCGCCUUCUUCGAGGCGAUGA